AGUCGAUGCACUAACAGGGGAGUAUGCAGAGAGAAGGUGGGGGGCGGGGGUUGCAUUGAGGGUGUAAAAGAUCCUUUGUGAAAGCUGGGAGUUAAUCACUUGAGCGGCACACGCCGGUUCUAUGGGAGCACAUGUUAUACACCAGCUCCCCAGGGAGGAGUAGGGAGGAGUUUCUCUCACACACACUCGUUUUGGUGCACACAGAUACACAACUGAAUUUCCAUAUCAGUUAUGAUGCAAAACUCGGCACAAGCUGACUAGACAAGCUGGAAGACCCACCCCCUUUUAUCUGGACGGUUAGCAGACCCUCCUGGCCGGGGUGGUAGUGUUUGUAUUUGCACCUCGUCCAUUCAUACAUACACACAUGCCUGGCUGCUUGUUUCCUUCAGGACUGGAUGGAUGACUCUGUAGGGGCUUGGCAAGAGAUGGGUGCUUAGUUUGGCCUGGCAAUGAGGCCAAUGUCAGAAAUUUCCUGGUGUCAUGAGACGUGUCACCCAUACAGUCCUUUGUAAGUUUUCCAUCUGGACCUGUCAACACCUGUGCUUGCAGGACCAUGGGCAGCGUCAGCAGCCUUGUUGCUGGAAACAGUCUGAACAACAAGCACUGCAAGGCUUCUGACUAUCGGUUAAAAGAGGGGAUAAAUACUCACAGGAAGAGUGGAGGGUGCAAUCUUGAUGGCUUACUGAAGUGUGGCUUUGCUCAGAGUUCCUCUUCCACCACUCAUCACUCCAGAGGCCUCUCCCACUCUAGGUCAGGAAGAAGUGAAGACUUCUUUUACAUUAAGGUGAACCAUAAACCGAGGUCUACGCACCACAGAGAGAGAUCAUUGGAAGACGUUGCGAGUAGAGACAAAGACUCUGAUGGACGAUCACAACCAAAACUGCUGUUCAUGCCAGGAAAAAUUUUAGAAAGGACUCCUGCUGAGAAAUUGCUCGUCCAUACCACCGCCUUCAAGUCGGUGAACACAACGACAGCUUCAUCCACAGAGACUGGUCACAUCCUCUGUCCCAUGAGGAAAGCAAGCACUCCGAAUGUUGGACACAAACAAGACCCCUUAGGAACUCUCUCUGACUCUGGGCGUAACUCAAUGUCUAGCCUCCCUACCCACAGCACCAGUGGCAGUCUAAGAGCCUCCACAGGCUUUGUCAGUCAGAAUGAUGGGAGCUCAGCUCUGCUAAACGGCCUCUGCAAAGGACAACAACCCAAUUUCCCUCCAUGGGUCAAUGGAAAUAACACAAGCCUCGAAAGCAGUUACAGGGCUUGUUUAAGCAGCAGUGUGUUGGCUUCUAAGGCUAAUGAGGAUGCUGGCUCCCCACUGUCUGCAGACGAACCAAGAACUCUUUCAGAAACGGCAGGUGGGAUCCGGUCCCCCAUAACGACAGAUGAGUUGCUGAUUGAGCAUCUAGAACAGAGACUGCUGGAGAGGGAAAAUGAACUUCAGGAGCUGCAGGUGAGUUUAGAGUUGAAGGAGGCAGAAACGUGUCAUUUGUUUGAGGAGAGACAAAAGUUCUGCGCAGAGGAGAUGGACGGACUGAAGCAGCGGUGCACCACACAGCUGCGUGAAGUGUCUCAGAUGAAUGCAAAAACCCACCAGGCUCUUCAACUGCAAGUUUGCUACCUCCAGAAAGAAAAUGGGAAGCUUCAGGAAGAUCUCUCGAAGCUGACGCGAGAGAAGGACCUCGUUGAACUCAGACUGAGGUCAUAUGAGAAAGAGAGCACCCAGCUCGUGCCAACACUUGAGGAAACCCAGUGGGAGGUGUGUCAGAAGUCAGGGGAAAUCUCUUUAUUGAAGCAGCAACUGAGGGACUGCCAAGCGGACGUGAGCCACAAGCUAAAUGAGAUUGUAAGUCUCAAAGCAUCACUAAAGGAAAACACAGCAAAAGUGGAGAGGCUCGAGCAACAGAACAAGGACUAUGAAGACAAACUCCACUCAUGCACCAGAGAGGUUGAGGUGUGCCAAAAUGAACUUCAGCGCAAAAAAGUUGAGGCCGAUUUUCUGAGAGACAACGUUGGCAAACUGGAGCAAGACAUUCAGCAAGUCAAACAGGAUCUUGUUACAGCUGAAGAGCAGAAGCUGCAGAAAAGUAUUGAACUUCAAAAUCCAAUCCAGGAGUUAGACUCCCUUGACCAGGUCCGUGGGUCAGAGAACAAGAAGUGCAUUUUCACCGGAUCGCUCCAAAGAGAAGUGGAGAGACUGAAGCAGGAGCUCAGAGAGGAGAAGAAUGCUCAGGAGAAACUGGUCAGCAGCUUUGAGCUGGAGAGGCAGACUUGGAACCAGGAGAAAGACAGGGUGAUCAAAUACCAGAAGCAGCUCCAGAUCAAUUACCUGCAGAUGCACAAGAAGAACAAAGACCUGGAGAGGAUCCUGAAGGAGCUGACGGCCGAGCUGGAGAGCCGAACAGAGUUGGGCUUUGACCUCAGAUACAGUGCAGGGUUACAAACUUAUGAGGAUGUUAUUGCCACAGAGAUUUGAGAGAAGCAGCCAUUUGUAUCUUUUCUAAAAACACAAACACAGUUUGACACUUACUUCAAGCACUGACUUUUUUUUUAUGUAGCUUAGCUUAUUUAUUCAAAUGUGGGUAUUGUAGAAUAAUCAAUGCUACUGAAAAUAGUUAUUGAUUAUCACAUUGUUCUUACUUGUUUAAAAGUAAAUGAUAGAUUUUUUUAUGUUUAAAUUGGAUUAUUUUUUUUAUCAUUUUGUCCAACAAGAACAAUUGUGGUUUUAAUUUGACGUACUAGGUCAGAGAAAGUGUUUAUAUGUUAAUAUUAAUGUCUUAUAGAACCAUGGAGUAAUCAUGAUCAUUUUAAA